CGGGGAGGAGCUCUCUUCCUGGUUGGGUCCUGCCCUGAGCCACUAAGGAAGCAAGCGGCGGGACCGCAGCAGUCUCCCAGACUCUCCUCCCCCAGGAUGGCAGAAGAGCUCGUCACGCCUGUGUACUGCACUGGGGUAUCCGCCCAACUGCAGAAGCAACGGGACAAGGAGUUGGGCCUGGGCAACCAUGAGAACCCCGUCAAGUACCUGGGCCAGGAUUAUGAGAAGCUUCGAGCAAGCUGCCUGCAGCAACGGGUCCUCUUCCGAGAUGAGGCCUUCCCCCCGGUUUCCUACAGCCUGGGCUACAAAGAUCUGGGUCCUAAUUCCCCUAGAACCCAGGAGAUCAAAUGGAAGCGUCCUACGGAGAUGCUUUCAAACCCCCAGUUCAUCGUGGAUGGAGCCACCCGGACAGACAUCUGCCAGGGAGCACUGGGGGACUGUUGGCUCCUGGCUGCCAUUGCCUCCCUCACUCUCAACCAGACCAUUCUGCACCGAGUGGUUCCCUUCGGCCAGAGCUUCCAGAGUGGCUAUGCUGGCAUCUUUCAUUUCCAGCUGUGGCAGUUUGGGGAGUGGGUGGACGUGGUCGUGGAUGACUUGCUGCCCACCAAGGAUGGGAAGCUGGUGUUCGUGCACUCUGCCCAGGGUAACGAGUUCUGGAGUGCUCUGCUUGAGAAGGCGUAUGCCAAGGUGAACGGCAGCUAUGAGGCCCUUACGGGAGGCUGCACUUCAGAGGCCUUUGAGGACUUUACCGGAGGGGUCACUGAGUGCUACGAUUUGCAUGAGGCACCCCGAGACCUCUUCCAGAUCAUCCAGAAGGCCGUGGAACGAGGCUCCUUACUGGGGUGCUCCAUCAGCAUCUCCAAUAUCCGGGAAUUGGAGAAUGUUACGUUUAAGAACCUAGUCAGAGGCCACGCCUACUCUGUGACGGGUGCCAAGCAGGUGAAUUACCAGGGCCAGCGUGUGAGCCUGAUCCGAAUUCGGAACCCCUGGGGUGAAGUGGAGUGGAAUGGACCCUGGAAUGACACCUCCUCAGAGUGGAACAAAGUGGACCCCUACGAACGAGAGCAGCUGAGGGUCAAGAUGGAGGAUGGGGAGUUCUGGAUGUCGUUCCGAGACUUCUUGCGUGAGUUUGACAGACUGGAGAUUUGCAACCUUACACCUGAUGCCCUGAAGAGCAGGACUCUGAGGAACUGGAAUGCCACAUUCUUCGAGGGCUCUUGGCGCCGGGGGAGCACAGCUGGCGGAUGCAGGAACUACCCAGCUACCUUCUGGGUAAACCCCCAGUUCAAGAUCCGGUUGGAGGAAGUGGAUGAUGAAGACGACUAUGAGAGCCGCGAGUCCGGCUGCAGCUUCGUGUUGGCCCUCAUGCAGAAGCACCGCCGCAGGCAGCGUCGCUUCGGACGGGACUUGGAGGCCAUUGGUUUCACGGUGUUCGAGGUUCCUCCGGAGCUGGUGGGUAAGCCCGUGCACAUGAAACGUGACUUCUUCCGCUCCCACGAAUCCCUGAUCAAUUCAAAGAUCUUCACCAACAUCCGGGAAGUCAGUAAUCGCUACCACCUGCCUCCGGGGGAGUACAUUGUGGUGCCGUCCACCUUCCAGCCCAACAGGGAGGCUGACUUCCUGCUGCGCUUCUUCUCCGAGAAGGCUGCCGGGACCCAGGAGCUAGAUUACAAGAUCCAGGCCAACCUCCCUGAUGAGAAAGUGCUGUCGGAAGGAGAGAUUGAUGAGAGCUUCAAAGCCUUGUUCAGUAAGCUGGCAGGGGAGGACAUGGAGAUCAGCGUCAAAGAGUUGCAGACCAUCUUGAACAGGAUCGUUAGCAAACACAAAGACCUGCGCACCGACGGCUUCAGCCUCGAGUCGUGCCGCAGCAUGGUGAACCUUAUGGAUCGAGAUGGCAACGGGAAGCUGAGCCUGGUAGAGUUCAAUAUCCUGUGGAACCGCAUCCGAAAUUACCUGACCAUCUUCCGGAGGUAUGACGUGGACAAGUCCGGCAGCAUGAGUUCCUAUGAGAUGAGGAUGGCCAUCGAGGCUGCGGGCUUCAAGCUCAACAAGAAGCUGCAUGAACUCAUCAUCAACCGCUACUCAGAGAACGACCUGUGCGUGGACUUUGACAACUUUGUGUGCUGCCUCGUGCGACUGGAGACCAUGUUCCGAUUUUUCAAACUUCUGGACACAGACCAGGAUGGUAUUGUGACCUUUGAUCUAUUUAAGUGGUUACAGCUAACCAUGUUUGCAUGAGCUGGGGAUUCAGCUCCCAUUGCCCUGUUCUUCCUUCUUCUUCUGCCAAGCCACGCCUUCCUGCCAGAUCACAGCAGCCGCCAAGUGCCUCCCUCGGACUAGGAAUCACCCUUGUCCUCCUGCCCUUCAGCCCCUCCCCACUACCUCUAUUCAACUGCUCUGGGCAGAGUAACAGGCUCUCCCUUUCCCUGUGGCCAAAGGCUCAGAAUGGGCAGCCCUGGACUCCGCUCAUGGCUAAGACCAGAAAGGCAGCUUCCUGCUGAUUCCUGCCUCUGGGGCAGGAGCGAGCAGCCCUGCCCCUCUCCCCACUAAUGUCCGGAAGUGUGUCGUCCCUAACCUGUGAAGGCUAUAGCCCCUGCCAUCCCCUAGACCUACAGACUUUAUAACCACUAGCUAGCUCACCGUCUGCAUCUGGGUACCAGAGGCCUCGCCUCACUCGCUGCAGGAGCCCCGCAGCCGGAAUUACCUGUGCCUUCCUGUCCAACAGCCAAGAUCCCUCUGCAAAUCAACCACACACACACCCUGCCCCGUGUGCCUACCAAGAAUGUCUUAGCCUGGAGGGUGCUCAGGCCCUCCCUUCCCCCCUCCCUUGUCUUUAUAUAUAUAUAUAUAUAUAUAUAUAUAUAUAUAUAUAUAUAUAUGUCAAUUUCAAGUGAAUCCUGCUUGAGGUACUAGUGUACUGGUUAUGGAGGACCAGGCACUGGGGGAGGGGGGGAAUGUGUGUCCCGUGUGUCAGUGCAGUGGAAAAAUAAAACAAAAGGCCGCA